AUGGCGGAUCCUGAUUUGGAGUCUCCGUUGAUCCAUCAUAAAAAAUCCGAUCAACCACCGGAGGUUGUUAUCUCAAUCGAUGACGACGGAGACGACGACUCAGGACUCGUUGAAAAACCCCAAGACCACCCUCGUGUUUCACGUGGUUUUGAAUUUGACCAUCGUAAUCAAACCAAUCCUUUCGGGUUUCUCAGCGAAACCGAGCCUCCGGUUCUGGGUCCGACGACGGUGGAUCCAUUUCGGAACGAUACACCUGGAGUUAGCGGAUUGUACGAAGCGAUUAAGAUCGUGAUUUGUCUCCCGAUUGCUUUGGUUAGACUGAUUCUGUUUGGUGCUAGUUUAGCUGUUGGUUACUUGGCUACUAAAUUGGCUCUUGCUGGUUGGAAAGAUAAACAUAACCCUAUGCCUCAAUGGAGAUGCAGAAUCAUGUGGAUUACUCGGAUCUGUACCAGAUGCAUCCUCUUCUCCUUUGGUUAUCAGUGGAUAAGAAGGAAAGGGAAACCUGCUCGUAGGGAGAUUGCUCCGAUUGUUGUAUCGAACCAUGUAUCUUAUAUCGAACCAAUCUUCUACUUUUAUGAAUUAUCACCGACCAUUGUUGCAUCGGAGUCACAUGAUUCACUUCCUUUUGUUGGGACCAUUAUCAGAGCAAUGCAGGUGAUAUAUGUAAAUAGAUUCUCACAGACGUCAAGGAAGAACGCCGUGCAUGAAAUAAAGAGAAAAGCUUCCUGCGAUAAAUUUCCCCGUCUGCUGUUAUUCCCGGAAGGAACCACGACUAAUGGGAAAGUUCUUAUUUCCUUCCAACUUGGUGCUUUCAUCCCUGGUUACCCGAUUCAACCUGUUGUAGUUCGGUAUCCCCAUGUACAUUUUGAUCAAUCCUGGGGAAAUAUUUCUUUGUUGAUGCUCAUGUUUAGAAUGUUCACCCAGUUUCACAACUUCAUGGAGGUCGAAUACCUUCCAGUAAUCCAUCCCAAUGACAAUCAAAAACAGAAUGCUGUACGGCUCUCGCAGAAGACUAGUCAUGCAAUUGCAACAUCUUUGAAUGUCGUCCAAACAGCUCAUUCUUAUGGGGACUUGAUGCUACUUAACCACGCAUCUGAGUUAAAGCUGGAGAACCCMUCAAAUUACAUGGUUGAAAUGGCGAAGGUUGAGUCGCUAUUCCAUGUAAGCAGCGUAGAGGCAGUGCGGUUUUUGGAUACAUUUUUUUCCAUGAAUCCGGACUCGAGUGGACGUGUUACGCUACAUGACUUUCUUCGGGUUCUUAGACUGAAGCCUUGCACUCUUUCUAAAGGGAUAUUCGGGUUCAUCGAUGUUGAGAAGGCCGGAUCAAUCACUUUCAGACAGUUCUUGUUCGCCUCGGCUCAUGUAUUGACACAGCCGCUUUUUCAGCAAACAUGUGAACUAUCCUUUUCCCAUUGUGACGCAGAUGAAGAUGGCUAUAUCUCCAUUCAAGAACUUGGAAACGCUCUCAAACACACAAUCCCAAAUUUGAACAAGGACGAGAUUCAAGGGUUGUACAUUUUGCUCGACGACGACAAAGAUCAAAGAAUCAGCAAGACCGACUUCUUGUCCUGCUUGAGAAGAAACCCUCUUCUCAUACCGAUCUUCGCGCCUAACUUUGCUCCAACAUAA